AUGAAGGGCGUUGCAGCUUUGAUCUCAUUGUCAAUGGUGACCUGCGUCGCAGGACACGGGUACAUGUGGUCUCCGAUGAGUCGCACCAGAAUCGGCGCCGAGUCUGGAAAUGACACCUGCCCCGAAUGCACCAUCCUGGAGCCCGUAACCGCUUGGCCGACGCUCGACGAGGCCAAAGUCGGACGCAGCGGUGUCUGCGGGUACAAUGCCCGAGUCAGCACCGACUACAACGUGCCAGCCGGUGACUGGGGCGCUGAUGUGGUCAAAACGUACUCCCCCGGCGAGGAGAUCGAGGUUGUGUGGUGUGUGGACCACAACGGAGACCACGGCGGCAUGUUCACCUACCGCAUCUGCCAGGACCAGACCAUCGUCGACAAGUUCCUGGACCCCAGCCACACCCCGACGGAAGAGGAGAAGCAGGCUGCAGAAGACUGCUUCCAGAAGGGCGUGCUCCCCUGCACGGAUGUUAAUGGGCAGGAGUGCAACUACAGCCCCGACUGCUCGGAGGGUGAGGCGUGCUGGCGUAAGGACUGGUUCACGUGCAAUGGGUUCGACGAUACCAAGUGUCAGGGCGUGGAUAAUGCGGAGUUGAACUCCUGCUAUACUUCUAUCGCUGGGGGUUACACUGUGACCAAGAAGGUCAAGCUUCCGGACUACACCUCCAAGCAUACCUUGUUGUCGUUCAAGUGGAACUCGUACCAGACUCCGCAGAUCUACUUGUCUUGUGCGGAUAUUGCGAUCCAGUAA